ACACGCAGUUGAGUUUCCGGCUGAGCCUUACGCGCUUUGGUUUCUGGUGGUUCAGCGCGUUAUCCUGCGCUAUUAAUAAUUAUAAACUGAAAUCCGCUUGUUGUGUUGUAAUUGAAACACAAUUAUUAAGAAGCGACCAGGCAGUGUGUUAUUACAGAAAAAAAAACACACACACACACGAGCAAUUAUGCAGUGUGAGCGUGCUCGAGUGGCUUCCAUUCUGUAGGAUUUAAAAGAGUAAAAGUGGAAAGUUCUGUCUGAGGAAUUUGUCUGAGAGGCUAAAAACGAGCAUCAAUAACUGGAAAUGGCGGUGAAAUCUGGAGAAGAGCGCUUGAAGGAGAUGGAGGCAGAAAUGGCCCUGUUUGAACAGGAGGUCCUGGGAGCCCCCGUCUCCAUGCCAGCAGUGACAGCUGUGGUGGAAGCAGUGCCCGUGGCGCUGGCUGUACCAACAGUCCCUGUUAUUAGGCCUAUUAUAGCUACCAACACCUACCAACAGGUUCAGCAAAGCUUGGAGGCGCGGGCUGCUGCUAUUGUGGCUUCUCCUCCAGCUGCUUUUGUGGGCCCAGCUGUUCCUCCACGACCACCACCUGUGUUGAGACCUGCUUUUGUACCUCAUAUUCUACAAAGAACAGGCGCACAUCGAAUGCCAAUGAUGCAGGGUCCUCCUCCCCCUCCAAUGGUGGCACCCCCAAUGCCUCGACCGCCACCACCCCCACCCAUGAUGGUGGGACCUCCGAUGCCAGGACCACCUCCACAUCACAUGGGCCACAUGAACCCUUUGACUCCGAUCGGACCGAUGCCCCCAAUGGUUCCUGUUCCCAGACCAGUGGUGCAGCCUCCACCAAAGCUCACACCAACGGUAAUCCAGGCGGCUCCCACCGUAUAUACAGCCCCACAGCUCAAGAAGAAAAUGGAGCCUCGCAUCCUAACACACAGAACACGACUGGAGGAGCUGGCAUCCUCAGUUGUAGAACAGGCAACUGCAGCCAUAACAACAAAUGCCAUGUUGAUGGAAGAAAAGGAUUCGUCGGCAGGUUUGGAGGAGGUUGUGAUUGGCCCCAGUAUGCCCGAGCAGGAGCCGCCACAUGCUGAGGUGAUGGAGGGAAGCGCAGAGGAUAAAAAGAAAGGAAAACAGGAGAAAGCAAAGAGGUGCAUCCGAACAGCCGCAGGAAUGACCUGGGAGGAUCAGAGCCUCCUGGAAUGGGACGUUGAUGACUUUCGUAUUUUCUGCGGUGAUCUCGGCAAUGAGGUCAAUGAUGACAUCCUGGCUCGAGCUUUUGCACGUUACCCUUCUUUUUUGAAGGCUAAAGUGGUACGAGACAAACGAACGGGAAAGACCAAAGGGUACGGCUUUGUCAGCUUCAAGGAUCCUAAUGACUACGUGCGUGCAAUGAGGGAGAUGAAUGGAAAAUAUGUUGGGAGCCGUCCAAUCAAACUACGAAAAAGUAUGUGGAAGGACAGAAACCUUGAGGUGGUCCGGAAAAAACAGAAAGAGAAAAAGAAGCUUGGACUGAGAUAGUCGUAUGGGAGAGACUCGUGAAUGGGGAAAAAGCAGAAAAUAACGGAGUUGCAGCGUGAAGACGUGAACGAGGAGCGCUGGUGAUGUCAUGCCAUACAUUUGGUUACCGUGCAGACACCUUCUGAUUUUAAAUAAUGCAGUGUGAUUUUAAAAAUGGCCCCCUCAUGAAGACCACAGAAACAGUCUGUGGUUUUGUAAAAUACUCCAGUCGCGUGUUGGCCGUCGAGUAGCCCCGAAGCGUCUGGGCGUCUGUCGUAUGAUACGUAACACAGUUCAACUUGGCAGACAUCGACGCUGCGUGAUCGACGGACGAUUUCUAAAGGGGUUUGUUCUGAAUGCUCCUUCACUUUGUGAUGGUGUCACUUUAGGAUUCCCCUUUAAAUGUUUUAUAUAACGUUCUGCACUGUUUGAAGUGAAUAUAAAUUGUGUAUAAAAAGUUGGAUUCUG